AGAAGCCAGGCGGUGCCAUCAUGUCCAGGGGAAGAUACAUACAGUACCAGCUCACGCCGGAUCCUCCCCUCUCGCCAGGCCCAUCAAUAGAAUUUGGAGUUGAUGACGACAUGAAGAAAAAGCUGAGAGAUGACGACUGUGGCCUGUCAACUAUACUGCAGCCCUCAGAGAUGACAGAAAGUGAGGCAGCUCUUCACGAAGCCGCCAAGAACAACGACGUGGUGAAAAUAAAGAAGCUGUUGAUACAAAAGGUUCCGGAGAGGGUGGAUGUGAACUGCAGAAAUAACUUUGACAGGACAGCUGUGCACUGGGCGGCGGCCAUGGGGCACUGCGAGGCUAUUGAAGCACUGGUCACCCUGGGGGCGGACAUCGACGCCAGGGAUAAGUACGGAAUGUGGCCUGUGUUGUGGACUGCCUGGUUUGGUCAUCUCCAGGCUCUGAAAACUUUUGUCAAUAUGGGUGCCAAAAUAUCCGUGAGUAACAAGCAAGGAAUGGACAUUCUGCAUUGUGCUGCUCAAAACAACCAUGUUGUCAUCCUGAACUUUGUCUUCGAAUCACUCGAAGGGAUAAAGAAGAAUAAUGUGGAUAAGAAUCAACAAACAGCCCUUCAUCUGGCGGCAGAAGCGGGUAAUAUCGAGGCUGUAGAUUCUCUUAUAGGCAGAAAGUGUGAUAUAUCCCAGCGUGACAAGACAGGGAACACUCCUCUACACUUAGCUGCCAAAGAGGGUCGAUCAGAAGUCGUGGAGCAUCUCCUGUCAUCCGGGGCCUUAUCGGGAGAGAGGAAUGACGAUGGAAAAACAGCCUUACAUUUUGCUGCGGAAAAUGGUCAUUUUCAAACUUCAACAGUCUUAUUACAACACACGGCAAGCGUAAAUGUAGAAACUGUGAAAGAAAUGACGCCUCUUCACUUGGCCUCCAUGAACGGUCAUACGGAAGUGGUUCAAACUUUGAUAGAAGGCAACUCUGAUCUGAACUGUAAAAACUGUCAAGGGAAUACGCCUUUACAUUUGUCCGCUAUUUACAACCACCCGGAAGUUGCCCGGAAACUUGUGGAUUCCAGCUGUAAAUUGGAUAUACCCAAUCAGAGACAUCAGACUGCCUUGCACAUAGCCGUGGUGAGUGGAUAUGACGACAUCGUGGAGAUCCUCCUCCAGGCCAGGGCUGAUAUACAGGCCAAAGAUAAGCAUGGCCGAACGCCCAUACACAUGGCUGCCAGGGGGAGCUUUGUACCUAUUGUAGACAUGCUUAUCCAGGCAGAAAGGAUUCGGCUGAUGGAAGAGUGUUUAGUCAAAGAAGGACUGAGCCAGGCAGAUGAUACUGACAACCCCUCCCCCGCUCGGAAACCUCUCCCCCUACGGAUCCCCACACACCCCAACAGUGAGCAGAUGAAGGGAAUCCUCUGGAAACUGGCCACCAAGCAUUUCAAACCUAACGACUGGAAGAAGUUAGCCAUGUACUGGGGCUUCACACAGGAACAUAUAAAAACAAUUGAGCACGAAUACACAGGCCGCUUUAGUUAUAAAGAACACGGCUUUCGUGUCAUGAUGAUCUGGCUCGUGGGACUAAAUAAGGACGAAAACCCUCUUAAGGUUCUGUUCGAGGCGCUGGUUGUCACAGGCAAGAGGAGAUUAGCAGGUAUAUUGUCAGGAACUUAUUACUGGUGUCUCCUCGUGCGUAAUACGUUUCCGGUGACAGCAGAGUGUGAUGGUCAGGUGAUAAUUUUGUGACAUUUCAGAUGAGAUGGUAUCGAUAUAUAUAUAACGAUAAAGGCGCACGCCUUAACUUGGGCAGAAA